AAUAAUAUACGCAGUCUGUGACGUGUGAUAUUGUGAUUUGUCUGUGGUUAACGACGUUUUUUAGCGCGUGCGAGAUGACGCGCCGGUGAAUUUUUGUAUUUUAGAAAUAAUUUGACGUAAUAUUUGUGUGUAUAUUUUAUAAACAAGAUUUCACAAUGGCCGAUCAAGUCGAUUCAAUGUCAGACGCGGAGCUCCGCACCAAACUGGCCGAGCAUGGGUUCCCGGUGAUGCCCAUCACGGCGUCCACGAGAAAAUUGCUCGUAAAAAAGUUGAAAAUGGUGCUCGACAACAAGACCAAGCCUAGAAAUAGUGUCGACAGCAAGGCCGAGAGUAGGCGCUCCCUCGCACGGUAUUCGAGCGGCGAGGAAUCUGACAUAGACACCAAUAGCGCGAAAGAAAAGAGAGGCCGUCGAGCCACUACCGGUACGGCGAUGUUGCCUCCGGUCACCAAAUCACGACGAACACCUGUCAAGAAGGGCUCUCCAUUGAAACGCGAUUCUGACAAAGGUUCCGAAUCUGACGAAGAGAAGUCGCCCGUGCGCACGCACGAGGAGGUGGAGACGGUGACCACGCGGCGCGUGACGCGCACGUACGCCAACGAUCAGGACGAUUACGAAACCGGCUCGGACAGUGACGUCGAUGGCGACAAAAAGACCUCCACAUCGUUCAGAAGCAAUUCCAGGUCGAGUGACUACAUAUCUAGCACAUUGCCUGCUCACGACGUGUCGACGAGCCCACCGAAGCCUUCAAUUUUCUCUCGUCCAUCUGCAUCUCAUUCUACUAACUUUGGUUCAACUCUAUCGUCUUCUGAUAAUUUGAACUCCAUACGGUCUAGACUGGGGCUGACCUCCUCCCUGGCGGACCGCCCGUCAGGCAGCAACUACAUGUCUAACUACACAUCCAACUACACCACCACUACUUACCAGCCUUCCACGUCAACUAUAGAUGAAGUUGAGUCUCCUUAUAUGAGUAAUUUCACUCGACGCUUAUCUGCUCUCAAAGCUGAUCCUAAACCUACUGCAUUCUUAGACAGAGAUUCCAACAACGGUGGCUCAUUGACUGCCCGCAGGUCCUACAUCACCGGAGUGGCCAGAUCUGAUAUUGCGGACUACAAGGCUUCUAAUGACAAGAAAUUCUUAAAAAGCAACAUGGUUUCUCUCGCCCUAGUUGGUCUUGUUGCACUUUUUUUUUUUUGCGUUUUUUUUAUGUACAUAGUUAAGAAGAAUGAUAUCACUUCUGUAGUGGACGAUCCCAAAAGUGGGAUAACCUUCUGUCAAUUAGGAAUACCAGGCAACAGGCCGGGCAUAAAUUGUGUGCCCAAAGAGCAAGUCAGUUAUGCGAAAGAUCUUUUAAAAGUUAUUCAUCCAGAACUUACUGCUCGUGCUGCUAAUUACAAAUGUGGCAAGCCGGAUGCCUUGCCGUAUCUUACAGAGAAGGAAAUCAUUGAAAUGGCCAGUGUCAGAUCUGAUGCUGUUGAUGUCAGCCAAUGCAGAACUGAUCUGAACAAUCUACAAGUGUUGUUGAUCCACAACCCUCAAUGGGGUAUAAAUGUUGUGCAGCUCAAGAACUUGUAUUCUAAAGAUGUUGAGUAUUCCUCGCUCUCCUCCACAGACCUACUUGUUCCACAACGCAAUAAAGGUAGCAUAGCUCUAGCAUUGGCCGACCCUUCCACUCCCAUCUCGUGUCUAAUUGUCAACACCUUGUAUUCGGCUGGCUCCACUGUCAUUGUUGUCAUAGGUUUGUCUAUUGUUAUCUUAGGUUUGCAGAAAGCGUACAAGUUCUACAUAAGUUAUAAGAAAGUGAAGAGCGAGAAGAUAUACUCGAUGGUGGAGCAAAUCAUUGAUGUGAUUUCCCAGGAGACCGAAGAGAGUGGAGAACCUUACAUAUCAGUUGACCACAUUAGGGACACUUUAAUAUCACCACAGAAUAGAGAAAAUUUGGCAUCUACUUGGGAUGCUGCUGUCAAGUUUAUUCAAAAGAACGAGAGUCGAGUGCGGAUGGAGGUGCAAUCUGUUGACGGGGAGGACUGCAGGGUGUGGAGAUGGAUAGCCACCAGCAGCCCGAAGCGCAGCACCUCAUGGCAGGGGCAGGCGUUUGAAACUCAGGAAGGAUCAGUCAACAAUCUCACUGUAUCGCCGACGCCGUGCUUGAAAAUCCGCCAUAUGUUCGACAAGAACGAUGCAAAUCCGAAUUUAAGGACCAUAAUACAAGAUGUUAUCCUGGAGAAAUGUGAACGCUGCAAUAUACUUCACAUAGAUAUCGAGAGAACUUCCUGCUGUGUGUACGUCAAAUGCCCGUCUCCGACAGACGCUGGUGUAGUCUACAAGAGUCUGCACGGCUGGUGGUACGAAGGACGUCUGAUAACUGUCAAGUAUCUCCGUCUAGAGCGGUACAUGCAAAGGUUUCCAUAUUCCCCCUCUUCUGGGCCAUAUUUGAAACCUUCCAGGAUGCAACGGCCAUUUGAUGAAUAGAUUUUUGUUAGUGUUAAUAGGAAUUUUUGAUACUGAUUCUCUCGAUGUGGUAUUUAUUGAAGCGAAAGCGUACAAAAUUUAUGUAAUAAGAUUAUAGUUUUUACUAGUUAAACUAAUGUUUUUGUGUUCUUAAUUACUUGCUGUUAUGACAAAAAUAUUGUCUUUUUAAUAUAUGUGUAUGUUUUGUUGGGGAUAUUCUGAAAUGCUCAUUGUUGGAGUCCAUGUUUUGUAAGUUUAAUAUUGUAAUAGAUGUUUGGUAUAAAUUAUUUGCAUUAUGUGGUACUUGUGACUCUUUGUUUGGGGCAAGUCUGCAGUCUUAGAAUAUACACUUAUCUCAAUGCAAGCAAAUGUUUAAUUAAUUGUUCACUGUUUGUACUGAGUACAUUAAGCUCUGCAUUUGUGUGUAGCGCGGGGACUAAAAUAGAAAAGAUUAAGAGUCACAGACUUAUAUUUAGCUAGACACUGCAAAUUGUCUCUGCAGCUCACUUAAUACUUAGUAUAAUUUAUUUGAAUUGAAAAAAUUCAAUUAAAAAAAAAAGUUAUCAGGUGACAA